AGGGAAGAAAAAAAAGAGACAACCACCUUCACAAACCCUCCUUUCUCUGGACUCAUCCUGGGACGUCAGGACCAAAGAGCAAGGGACAAGGAGGAUUGGCAGUUUCCGGCCGCGUCGGCCUCCUCCUCCAUAGACCCAAAGUCUCCGUGGGCUGCUACUGGCCGUCAUGGGACCCCAGUCGCUAGCCCAGUUCCUGCUGGGAUGGACAUCCCUCUUGGCGUUCGCCUGCGGUCAGCCUGAGGGGGAUCUUCCGGUGGGCGACCGGUUCGCCAACUACGAGAACAAGCCCCCUUCCAGCCGCGUCCGGCGGAGGGGCCACGAGAUUCUGCGCGGGCCCAACGUUUGCGGAUCCCGGUUCCACUCUUAUUGCUGUCCCGGAUGGAAGACCCUCCCUGGUGGAAACCAGUGCAUUGUCCCCAUUUGCCGAAGUUCGUGCGGCGACGGGUUCUGUUCGCGGCCGAAUAUGUGCACGUGCGCCAACGGACAGCUGUCCCCGAGCUGCGGCUCUGGAGGAGUUCAGUCAUGUGGCGCCCGAUGCAUGAACGGGGGCAGCUGCAGUGAAGAAGCGUGCAUAUGUCAGAAGGGCUACACGGGGACCUACUGCGGCCAGCCUGUGUGUGAAAGCGGCUGCCAAAACGGAGGCCGGUGCAUCGGGCCCAACCGCUGCGCCUGCGUGUAUGGUUUCACGGGGCCCCAGUGCGAGAGAGAUUACCGCACGGGGCCGUGCUUCAGCCAGGUGAGCAACCAGAUGUGCCAGGGCCAACUCAGCGGCAUCGUCUGCACCAAGACCAUGUGCUGCGCCACCAUCGGGCGGGCCUGGGGCCACCCGUGCGAGAUGUGCCCAGCUCAGCCUCACCCCUGUCGACGGGGCUUCAUCCCCAACAUACGCACCGGGGCUUGUCAAGAUGUGGAUGAAUGCCAGGCCAUCCCUGGACUCUGCCAGGGGGGGAACUGCAUCAACACCGUCGGCUCCUACGAGUGCAAAUGCCCAGCGGGUCACCGGCAGAGUGAGACGAGCCAUAAAUGCGAAGAUGUGGACGAAUGCAGCAGCGUGCCCGGGAUUUGCGACGGGGGAGAGUGCACCAACACAGCUGGCAGCUACGUCUGCGCUUGCCCCCGGGGCUUCAUGACCAGUCCAGACGGAUCCCGUUGCGUCGACCAGCGGAUCGGCACCUGUUUUUCGGCCCUCAUCGGUGGGCGGUGCGCUGGGGAGUUGCCGGGCCAGUAUACGAAGAUUCAGUGUUGCUGCGACUCGGGGCGCUGCUGGGCCAUCGGCCAGAUCCCCGAAAUGUGUCCGGUCAGAGGGUCAGACGAAUAUCGUCGGUUGUGCAUCGAAGGCCUCCCAGCCGUCCCGGGCUUCCCCAGCACAUUCCCAGGGGUUCCUGGCUUUGGGCCCAAUGGAGUCGGCCCCGGCAUCAGCAGUCCGGGAAGUUUUGGGCCCAACGGAGCGAAUGGCCAAGGCGGGAUCCCCGGGUUACCAGGCAUGGGGCCAGGAAGCUCAAGCAUUGGAACAGCCACCCUGAACCAGACGAUCGACAUCUGCAAGCAUUUCACCAACCUGUGUCUGAACGGGCGCUGCAUUCCCACCCCGUCCAGUUACCGCUGCGAGUGCAACAUGGGAUACAAGCAAGAUGUCCGUGGCGAAUGUAUCGACAUCGACGAAUGCUCCAGCAGCCCUUGCCUCCACGGCGACUGCGUGAACACCCCCGGCUCCUACCACUGCAAGUGCCACGAAGGGUUCCAGAGCACACCCACCAAACAGGCCUGCAUCGAUAUCGACGAGUGCAUCUUGAACGGAGUGAUGUGCCGGAACGGGCGUUGCGUGAACACCGACGGGAGUUUCCAGUGCAUCUGCAAUGCCGGGUUCGAAAUUACCCCGGAUGGCAAGAACUGUGCCGACCACGACGAAUGCGCCACAACCAACAUGUGCCUCAAUGGGAUGUGCAUCAAUGAGGACGGGAGCUUCAAAUGCAUUUGCAAACUGGGGUUCGUUCUGGCCCCCAACGGGCGCUACUGUGUCGACAUCGAUGAGUGCGAGACCCCCGGCAUCUGUAUGAACGGCUGGUGCAUCAACACCGAGGGCUCGUUCCGGUGCGAGUGCCUGGGAGGCCUGGCCAUUGGCGUGGACGGGCGGGUCUGCGUGGACACCCACGUCCGCAGCACCUGCUACGGGGGCAUCACCUGCGCUCGCCCCUUCCCGGGGGCCGUCACCAAAUCGGAGUGCUGCUGCGCCAACCCGGACCACGGCUUCGGAGAGCCCUGCCACCCGUGCCCGGCCAAGAACUCGGCUGAAUUUCAAGCCCUGUGCAGCAGCGGGAUUGGGAUCACGGCCGAUGGGAGAGAUAUCAACGAGUGCGCCUUGAACCCGGACAUCUGCCCCAAUGGCAUGUGUGAGAACCUGCGAGGCAGCUACCGCUGCGUCUGUAACUUGGGCUAUGAGUCGGACGCCACUGGCAAGACCUGUGUGGAUGUGGACGAGUGCGCCGUCAACCGCCUGUUGUGUGACAACGGUCUGUGUCGCAACACGCCGGGAAGCUACAGCUGCAGCUGCCCGAAAGGGUUUGUCUUCCGGACGGACACAGACACCUGCGAAGAUAUCAAUGAGUGCACCGCCAGUCCUUGCGUGAACGGCGUUUGCAGGAACAACGCGGGCUCCUUCGCCUGUGAGUGCUCCCCGGGAAGCAAACUGGAUUCCAGCAGGACCAUCUGUGUCGACAGCAUGAAGGGAACCUGCUGGCUGAACAUCCAGGAGGGGCGCUGUGAAGUGAACAUCAACGGAGCCACCCUGAAGUCGGAGUGUUGCGCCACCCUAGGGGCCGCGUGGGGCAGCCCCUGCGAGCGAUGCGAGAUCGAUCCCGCCUGUCCGAGGGGCUACGCCAGAAUGAAGGGCAUCUCUUGUGAAGACGUCAAUGAGUGCGAGGUCUUCCCGGGCGUCUGCCCCAACGGCCACUGCGUGAACACAGCUGGGUCCUUCCGCUGCGAAUGCCCGGACGGUUUGACCCUGGACGGCUCUGGCAGGACAUGUGUGGAUGUGCGGUUGGAGCAGUGCUACAUGAAGUGGAUCGAGGACGAGUGUGCUGUCCCGCUGCCGGGGAAAUACCGCGUCGACCUGUGUUGCUGCUCAGUCGGGGCCGCCUGGGGCAGCGAGUGCGAGGAGUGUCCGAAACCCGGCACGGCGGAAUACAAAGCCAUCUGCCCCCGGGGACCCGGUUUUGCCAACCGGGGGGACGUCUUGUCGGGGAGACCUUUUUAUAAAGACGUGAAUGAAUGCAAAGUUUUCUCCAGCCUCUGCGCCCACGGCACCUGCCGGAACACCAUCGGCAGCUUCCGGUGUCUCUGCGGCAGCGGCUUCGCGGUGGAUGCCGAGGAACGGAAUUGCACAGACAUUGACGAGUGCCGGAUCUCGCCGGAUCUUUGCGGCCACGGGGCCUGCGUCAACACGCCUGGCAGCUUUGAGUGCGAAUGCUACGACGGCUACGAGAGUGGGUUCAUGAUGAUGAAGAACUGCAUGGACAUUGAUGAGUGUGAGAGAGACCCCCUGCUCUGCCGGGGAGGCGUCUGCAUCAAUACCGACGGCAGUUUCGAGUGCCUGUGUCCCCCGGGCCACGAACUCACGUCCGAAGGCCACGCUUGUGUGGAUGUCAAUGAAUGCUCCCUCAGCCAUAAUCUGUGCCGGAACGGACGCUGCGUCAACGUUAUCGGGACCUAUCAGUGCGCGUGCGACUCCGGAUUCCAGGCCACCCCGGACCGGCAAGGCUGCGUUGGAGUUAUCACCUGCAUCAUGAACGGGGCCUGCGACACCCACUGUGCCAACUCGGAGGGCAGCUACCAGUGCAGCUGCAGCGAGGGCUACGCACUUAUGCCGGAUAAGCGCUCCUGUACAGAUAUUGACGAAUGCGAGGACGAUUUGGACAUCUGUGAUGGGGGCCAGUGCACCAACAUGCCUGGCGAAUUUCGGUGCCUCUGCUUUGAUGGAUUCAUGGCUUCGCUGGACAUGAAGAUGUGCUUGGAUGUGAACGAGUGUGACCUGAACCCCAACAUCUGCUUACACGGGGAGUGUGAGAACACCAAGGGCUCCUUCAUCUGCCACUGUCGGCUCGGCUACUUCGUCAAAAAGGGCACAACUGGAUGUACAGAUAUUGACGAGUGUGAAAUCGGCGCUCACAACUGUGACAUGCAUGCCUCGUGCAUCAACAUCCCUGGCAGUUUUCAUUGCAAGUGCCGGAUGGGCUGGUUGGGCGACGGGCUGAAGUGCAACGAUCUGGAUGAGUGCGCCACUGAGGCACACAGCUGCAACCUCAACGCCAACUGCCUCAACACGCCAGGCUCAUACCGGUGCGCCUGCCGGGAAGGUUUUAACGGGGACGGGUUCUCCUGCUCAGAUGUGGAUGAAUGUGCCGACAACGUCAACCUCUGUGAAAAUGGCCAGUGCCUCAACGCCCCGGGGGGUUAUCGUUGCGAGUGCGAGAUGGGCUUCAACCCCACCGAGGAUAGCAGAGCUUGCCAAGACAUUGACGAGUGCACUUUCCAAAAUAUCUGUGUGUUCGGGACCUGCCAGAAUCUGCCAGGGAUGUUCCGUUGCGUUUGUGAUGAUGGCUACGAGCUGGACCGGAGCGGAGGCAACUGCACCGAUAUCAAUGAGUGUGCCGACCCCGUCAACUGUAUCAACGGCCUUUGCGUCAACACCCCUGGCAGCUACCUCUGUAAUUGUCCACAGGAUUUCGAGCUGAACCCCACCGGAGUGGGGUGUGUCGACACCCGGGUCGGGAACUGCUUUCUGGAUACCCAGGAUCGGGGCGAUGGAGGCAUUUCUUGCAGCGCCGAGAUCGGUGUCGGGGUAACCCGGGCAUCAUGCUGCUGCUCUCUCGGCCGGGCGUGGGGCAACCCUUGUGAGCUGUGCCCUCCAGCAAACACUACCGAAUACAAGACCUUAUGUCCGGGUGGUGAGGGCUUCCGGCCGAAUCCCAUCACAGUCAUUUUGGAAGACAUUGACGAGUGCCAAGAACUCCCUGGUCUCUGCCAAGGAGGGAACUGCGUCAAUACCUUUGGGAGCUUCCAGUGCGAAUGCCCGCUAGGCUAUUACCUAAACGAGGACACCCGCAUUUGUGAAGACAUCGACGAGUGUUCAGCGCACAUAGGGAUCUGCGGCCCGGGGACCUGUUACAACACGCUGGGGAAUUACACCUGCGUCUGCCCCCCGGAAUACAUGCAGGUCAACGGCGGGAACAACUGUAUGGACAUGAGGAAGAGCUUGUGUUACCGCAACUAUAACGAUACCUGUGAAAACGAGCUGUCCUUCAACAUGACCAAGAAGAUGUGCUGUUGUUCGUACAACAUCGGGAAGGCCUGGAAUAAGCCCUGUGAGCCCUGCCCCACCCCUGCCAGCCCUGAGUACCAGAUCCUGUGUGGCAACCAGGCCCCUGGCUUCAUCAUUGAUAUUCACACGGGAAAGCCGAUCGAUAUUGACGAAUGCAGCGAGAUCCCCGCCAUCUGCACCAACGGCGUUUGCAUCAACCAGAUUGGCAGCUUUCGUUGCGAGUGCCCCAUCGGCUUCAGCUACAACAACAUCCUGCUGAUCUGUGAAGACAUUGACGAAUGCAGCAGUGGAGAGAACCUCUGCCAGCGCAAUGCCGACUGCCUGAACAUCCCGGGUAGUUACAGGUGCGAAUGCUCCUCUGGAUACAAGCUGUCGCCGAGCGGAGCAUGUGUGGGCCGAAAUGAGUGUCAGGAAAUCCCCAACGUCUGCAGCCACGGGGACUGCGUCGACACGGAAGGGAGCUACCUCUGCCUCUGUUUCAACGGAUUCAAAGCCACCGGUGACCUGACCAUGUGCAUGGACAUUGACGAGUGUGACCGCCAACCCUGCGGGAACGGGACCUGCAAGAACACGGUGGGCUCCUACAACUGCCUCUGUUUUCCUGGCUUUGAGCUGACCCACAACAACGACUGCAUGGACGUGGACGAGUGCUCGGCCCUGGUGGGGCAAGUGUGCCGGAACGGCCAGUGCAUCAACAACGUGGGCUCUUUCCGUUGCCUCUGCCAGGAGGGCUACGACCACACCCCGGACGGCAAGAAUUGUGUUGACGUCAAUGAAUGCAUCAGCCUUCCAGGGACCUGUUCCCCAGGAACGUGCCAGAACUUAGAAGGCUCCUUCCGUUGCAUCUGCCCUCCGGGUUACGAAGUCCAGAAUGACAACUGCAUUGACAUCAACGAGUGCGAGGAGGAGCCCAACAUCUGCCUGUUCGGGACCUGCACCAACAUCCCAGGGACCUUCCAGUGCAUUUGCCCGCCAGGGUUCGUGCUGUCCGACAACGGCCGCCGUUGUUUUGACACCCGCCAGAGCUUCUGCUUCACCCGCUUUGACAAUGGGAAGUGCUCGGUCCCGAAGGCCUUCAACACCACAAAAGCUCGGUGCUGUUGUAGCAAGAUGCCCGGGGAAGGCUGGGGGGACCCUUGCGAACUGUGCCCCCAGGAAGGAAACGUUGCUUUCCAGGAGCUGUGCCCGUACGGCCAUGGUGCCAUCCCUGGACUCGGAGAUACCCGAGAAGAUGUGAACGAAUGCUUGGAGAACCCCAGCAUUUGCGUCAACGGGGCCUGCAUCAAUACGGACGGGUCCUUUCGCUGUGAGUGCCCCUUCGGAUACAACCUGGACUACACUGGCGUGAACUGUGUGGACACGGACGAAUGCUCCAUCGGAAACCCCUGCGGGAACGGGACCUGCACCAACGUGGUCGGGGGCUUCGAGUGUGCCUGCGACGAGGGAUUCGAGCCAGGGCCGAUGAUGACGUGUGAAGAUAUCAAUGAGUGUGCUUUGAACCCCCUGCUCUGUGCCUUCCGGUGCCUCAACACUCUUGGCUCCUACGACUGCACUUGCCCCUCAGGGUACACCUUGCGGGAUGACCGACGAAUGUGCAAAGACCUGGACGAAUGCGCCGAGGGCACCCACGACUGUGGCUCACAGGGCAUGCUGUGCAAGAACCUCAUUGGCACCUUCGCCUGCAUCUGCCCGCCGGGGAUGCAGCGCCGGCCGGACGGCGAGGGCUGCACAGAUGAGAAUGAGUGCCGUACAAAGCCGGGCCUUUGCCCCAACGGCCGCUGCGUGAACGCCGUGGGCAGCUACCACUGUGACUGCAACGAAGGCUUCCAGAGCAGCCCCUCCGGCACUGAAUGCCUUGACAUGCGUCAGGGCUUCUGCUUCACGGAGGUGCUCCAGACCAUGUGCCAAAUGGCCUCCACCAACCGGCACCAGGUUGCAAAAUCGGAGUGCUGUUGCAACGGAGGGCGAGGCUGGGGGCCCCAGUGCGAACUCUGCCCCUUCCCGGGCACUGGUCCUUACAAAAAGAUGUGUCCACACGGGCCGGGCUACAUGACAGAUGGGAGAGACAUUGAUGAAUGCAAGGUGCUCCCAAACCUGUGUAAAAAUGGACAGUGCAUCAACAGCAUGGGCUCCUUCCGAUGCCUCUGCCAGCUGGGUUACACAUCUGACAUCACCGGAACAGCUUGCCAGGACCUUGAUGAAUGCAACCAGUCCCCCAAGCCCUGCAAUUUCAUCUGCAAAAACACAGAGGGAAGCUUCCAAUGUUUGUGCCCGAGGGGUUACAUCCUGCAAGAAGACGGGAAAACCUGUAAAGACUUGGACGAAUGUUCGACCAAACAACACAACUGCCAGUUCCUCUGUGUGAACGUGAUCGGCGGAUUCAACUGCAAGUGCCCGCCGGGUUUCACUCAGCACCAUUCAUCCUGUAUUGAUAACAACGAAUGCACGGCCCAGCCAACCCUGUGCGGAGCCAAAGGGCAGUGUCUGAACACCCCCGGGAGCUACAACUGUGAGUGCCAGAAGGGUUUUACGCUCGACACGUCCGGCAACAGCUGCGAAGAUGUGGACGAAUGUGAUGGAAACCACCGGUGUCAACACGGAUGUCAGAACGUGCUGGGGGGCUACCGCUGUGGCUGCCCCCAGGGCUACAUCCAGCACUACCAGUGGAACCAGUGCGUGGACGAGAAUGAGUGUUCCAGCCCCACGGCCUGUGGGUCGGCCUCCUGCUACAACACGCUGGGGAGCUUCAAGUGCCUCUGCCCCUCCGGCUUCGAUUUCGACCAAGCCUUCGGAGGCUGCCAGGACGUCAACGAGUGCGCGGCGGGGAGCAGCCCCUGCAGCUACGGCUGCUCCAACACGGAAGGGGGUUACCUGUGCGGCUGCCCGGGCGGGUAUUUCCGCGCGGGACAAGGGCACUGCGUCUCUGGGCUCGGUUUUGGCAAAGAGGCGUAUCUCCCCGCCCCGCCAGAGGAAGAAGAGGAGAACCUGCUGUCUCCCGAGGCGUGUUAUGAGUGCAAGAUCAACGGCUACCCAAAGAGAGGGCGUCACCGGCGCAGCGCCAACGAGACCCAGGAUCGUUGGGAGGAGCAGAUCGUCAGCCUCGCCAGCAUUGAUGCCGAGGCCCCCUUGGUGGUGGCACUGAAUCUGUCUCAGCUGGGCCACAAGGAGCACAUCCUCGAACUCCUGCCCGCCGUGGUCCCCUUGGAGAACCACGUCCGCUACGUGAUCACUCAGGGGAACCCCGAGGGCUUCUUCCACAUCCACCAGAAAGAGGGGCUCAGCUACCUCCACGUGGCCCGCAAGCGCGCCACCCCGGGGACUUACCUCUUAGAGAUCCUAAGCGUGCCCCACUAUCGCAAAGCAGAGCUCCAGAAACUGGAGGCCCUCAAGGAUCUUGACUACCUCGCUGGAGAACUCGGCCAGGCUCUCAAGCUGAGGCUGCAACUCCGCCUUUUUUAGCCCCUGGUGGGGCACGGAGAGGCAUCCGAGGAAACACCGAGCACGCGGGCUGCACAACACCCUCCUCGUCAACCCACACCCCGAACUCAGCACCCUGUUCUUCUGGGAUCAUCAACCAAACAACAGCCUCGGUGAGGGUGGGGGACAACCACAGGCGAACCACUCCGAAUCUGUUUAGUGUUCUUUCCUCCCCCCCCACCCUUCCAGGUGAACACAACCACCCCCUGUACCCACACGCACAUAAUCUUACACGCCGUGGGGCAGCAUAAUCGCUCCUGGUUGUAGGACUCUGGGAAAUGACCACAGAAACGACUCAACAAACAAAGCCGUCCACUCAGCCCCCCCCC